AGGGGAUUGUAGGGCUACGGCGACUGCUGCUGUGGUAGUGGACACGUAGGGCUGGGGUCUGGUGAGGGGUUGAGUGUGGUUGAGCAAAGUCUCGAGGCUGAAAGGAAGGAUCUCAGGAGUUGGUGGCGGCACCUGGAUCUAGGACGUUUUAUUCUGGAAGAAACUGAGCUUGGUGUUUGAGAUCAAAUCGGGUGAAAGAAACUUUCAAAAGUAGCCAACUGCCAAAUUAUCUGAAGAUGAAUGCCGCUGGACACCAUCAUGGGAUGAGCCAUAUGGGCAGGAAUAGCACUAUGCCCCCCUACCAUCAUUCAUCCCCUACAGCUUCUCAUGAUCAUGGUGGAGGAGGAGACAUGAUGAUGAUGCCCAUGACCUUCUAUUUUGGCUAUAAGAAUGUGGAAUUGUUGUUUUCUGGAUUGGUGAUCAAUACUCCUGGGGAAAUGGCUGGGGCGUUUGUGGCUAUCUUUUUGUUAGCAAUGUUCUAUGAAGGCCUCAAGAUAGCCCGGGAGAGCUUGCUGCGUAAAUCCCAGGUCAGCAUUCGCUACAACUCCAUGCCAGUUCCAGGGCCAAAUGGAACUAUUCUUAUGGAAACACACAAAACUGUUGGGCAACAGAUGCUGAGUUUCCCUCACCUUCUGCAGACAGUGUUGCACAUCUUCCAGGUGGUCAUCAGCUACUUUCUUAUGCUUAUCUUUAUGACCUACAAUGGGUACCUCUGCAUCGCAGUGGCGGCAGGGGCUGGCACAGGCUACUUUCUCUUCAGCUGGAAGAAGGCAGUGGUAGUGGACAUCACAGAGCACUGCCAUUAAUGUCAGACUCCAGGAUGUGGCCUUAUUUACCACAAUGGGAAGUAGCUGGAGACUAGGGGAGCUGAUUUCAAGUCCUCUCGUUGUCCCUCUAUGGCCUCUUGCCUCCCAACACUUGCAUAGACAACAAAUCAAGGAGGUUUACAUACUAACCUCCAAGCUGGAUGGUGCCCUCCCCAAAUCCUCAGUUCUUAGCUAAUCAAGUCUUUUUUUUCUUGAUCAUCUACUUCCCCUUUUAAUCUGUUUUUUAUGACAAUUGUGGAUUGGGGGUCACUUUGGGGUCAUAAGGCGGAGGUUGUGGGAAACUUCUUCCCACCCCAUAACACUAGAACAUAUCUCCCAGUUGUUGGACUGUGAGUGGGAAGUAAGGUGUGCCUUUGCCGAGAUGUGAAGUGGUACAUGGCAGCCUGAGAAUCUGAAGGAUUUGAGUGGAGUCACAGUGCGAUAGCAUAAAGUGUUCCCUCACAUAGUGACAGUCCAGGUCAGAAGCUUCUGCCACAAUGUACUUUUAUUGUUAUCUCACCAAUCACACAAUUGACAAAUCAACUUAAUAGGAAAUAUUUUCAAAUAAAAUCAUUGGCAUUUUUUUCGUCUUGCUCCGUUGGUUGGUCAUAGCUUUGUGAAAUAAAUCCUUGUGUCCUAGCUUUUCCUUUAAACUGGCAAUUGUUGGUGUAGGGACCUUAGCACAGGAAUCAUUCCUUAUCUAAAGGAGGCAGAAUGGCAGCACUGCGUUGGUCCUCUAAAUGAUGGCAUCUCUCAGCUUGCUUUGCCAGCCCCACCCGGGUGAGUUACAACACAUGAAUUGUUACUCAAUAUUUUCAACUUGCAGGUCCUUCCCUGUCUCCCCUCCUCCAGCCUGCUUUGUCACUAACUGCAGGGAAUGUGUCAGUUAGGCCUGGCCAGUAGCGUGGUGUGUCAAUCUUUACCUUAGAGAGGUUUGGAAUGUGGUCUGCUUUUGACCUGGGAUAUCCUUUAGCUCAACCUCCAUGUGAUUAUCUUUAUUUCAUUUGAGGACUUGAUGUAGAUUGCUUCUUACCUAAAUGAUCAAUUCCCCAGUCUUUUCUCAAUAAGGGAUCACAUUUAACUGUUCAUCAUUGCUGUUGAGCUUAUUUUGCAAAGUCCAAACUACCUCUGUAAAGUGAAUCUUCCUGAGCUGACCUAAUAAAUCCUGCCCUCCAUGGUGCUUGAUAUUCUCAUGUCCUAGGGCAAAAGACAAAGUACAACUGCUCUGGUGGUUUUUAAGUCUGUAAUCUUCCUAGAAAGUGCUGCGCCCUUUUAUGAUUGUACGAACUCACUGGGCUGCUUGACAAGGGAGGCAGUGCUACUGGCGCAAAGAGCUGGGGUGUGGAGUAGAGAGAAGACCUGGCUCAAGUCACAGCUCACCAUCACCUUUUUAGGCAGGUCACUAAGCCUCCUUGUGCCUCGUUCUCAUCUGUAAAAUAAGGGGGUCACACUACGUGACCUAAGGUUCCUUCCAGCUCUAAAUCUGUGAUCCUAUGAUCUGAAAAUACUUUGACAAUGAAUUCCAACCCAGGCUUGUUCUGGAGUGAGUUCUUUGUUCUUCCAGGUUUCUUGGUCCUCAAAAUCUUCAGUAAUCAUAGGAAACUUAUUUUGACUUCACUUUCAGCACAGUUGGCUGUUUAAGAACUCUAAAUGAAUUCUCAUUGAUCUUUGGAAGCUACCUUAGUCUCAUCAGUUUUAUAAAUUGUUUCACCUGUUUGGCAUUGGCAAUGCUUAGCAGCACCUGUCUGGUAAAAUUGGCUCCCUGAAAAGCCACAUAGAAGUGCCUAUGGCAGGAAGAGGAUACACCAGAACUCUGCCCUCCAGCCAGCACCUACGCUAAUUCAUUGUCCCUUCCAUCUCCUUGCGCUUUUAAAGCCUUGUGGGAUUAUUGAGGGUUAUGAAUGCAUGGUAUUAAAUUUGGGCUUGAGAGCCAGAACCAGAUGGUGCUGUGUAAUUAUCUCAUAAUUACAUUUCUGGGAUUCGAAUGAACUGAGCAUGUGCUAAGCAUGUGACGACAAUUUACUAAGGAGACCUCUGCAAUCCAACACUAAGGAUUUAAUAUCCGAUAAUCUGACAAACAUCAAGGAAUAGUAAAACUGACUGAGGUGCUGAAAUAAAAACCAAUGACUUCAGUUUCAGCCCUGUUACUUUCUAGGAGUUUUGCCCUAUACAGUUAGAUAAGGGACCAAGCCCAGUAAAGCAGAACGUUGUAUUUAAAGUUCUCAGAGGGAGAACCAUUCCCUAGCUUCAGUUUAUGCAUAAACUCCACCAAGAAACUGGUGCAAGGCCUAUAUUUUGAAGGACUCAGCAAGAUAUGACUGUUUUAUUGGAACACUGCUUUUCCUUCCCCAUUGAGAAUUUUGAUUGUAGUGAUAGAAUAGCCUAGCCCAGCCUUUACUACCUUGUUUCAGUCCUUGCUCAUUAGUAUUCUAUACAGUUAGCUUCUUUUGUUUCACUCUGCUGCCCCUUUUGAUUCCUCCCCAUUAACUCUUUCCUGUGCAGCUCAAAAUAUGUAGAGUAUUGCUACAUGUGUUCUUUUACAAGUACAGAUUGAAACCUGUCCACUACUGUACUUCAUCAAAUGUGCCUCUUGAGUUAAUGAUUAAUGAUUGUGAAUAGUGGACAUGUUCCCAAGACUUGAUGGGGCUCUCUGGAUACAGGUGUAUAAAUAGCUCUCUACUGAUCUGGGGUUGAAAAACUGAAUCACAGCAACACAUCUGAAUGUAUAAAUCCUAGCACUGGGCUUUUUUGUUAAGUUCCAGGUAUUGCUUCCCCCUCAGAACCUGGUAUGGUGCCUUGCACAUAGUACUAGGAAUGUUGAGUGGAUGAAUGAAUGAAAGAUUUGAAUAUUGGUGAGUUGUGUGAUAGAUGCAGUAAUUGGCAACCACAUGGCCAUUGUUGAAAGGCGGGAGGACCCUCCACCUGAUUCUGCCCAUUAACCUGGAGUUCAAGAGUCAAUGUCGGCUACAGUCUUACAGAUUUUUUUUUUCAUCAUGGCUAUAGGAGUAUUCCAUUUGGGGAUACUAGUGUGGGAUUCCUUUUGUCCCCUGCUCAUGCUGGAGAGCCACUCAUUUUAGUGGUACCUCCACUCUACCAAAGGGUUUCCCAUUGAGUGUGUGGUCACCUGAAAAUAUAGCCACCUUUCCCUCCUUUUUUGAUCCUGUCCUCCCUCAUGCUUCCUUCAGUCACAUGUAUCAACCACAGCAAAAAAAUUUUAUAAAAUGCCUUAUUCAGUGUGUCUACAUUGAUAUUGAUAUUGUCCAUUUUAGAUUGUAACCUCCUUGAGGGCAGUUUUGCUGUUACACAGCAUGUUACACAUUGCUGUAGAGUGCCUAACAGUGCCAUGUGCAAAAAGAACACAUAAUAAAUGUUUUGAUUCUG